AUGCCGCGUCGACCUCGGCAACCAUUCAGCACCGCUCGCUUCCUCUGCGACAUCUGCCAGAAAGCUUGUCUCUCGACUUCUGGCUUAACUCGUCAUCGCAAUAGCCAUCCUUCGCUUCCAGCAGCUUCCCGCCAGCCAUCAGCUACCAAUCGACAGUCUCCAGCGCUGCAGCUAGCCGAUGACCCCCUCCCGUUCCCGCCGCCUUCGCUGCCGCCCAACUCACCGCCCAACUCGCCUCCUCCUGACUCGCCUCCUCCAAGCGAGGAGCCGCCUGCGCAUGCUCGCGUACGAAUUGAGCGCCAUCCGCUGCUUGAUGGUGAGCUGUUCUCUUGCACGCCCUGUGACGCUGAUGGAUAUGACCUGCCUGCUGGAGCUCCGCCACCACCAUUGGAUGAACGUGCCAAGGAUGACUGGGGCUCGUUCGACACCCGCGAACAAUUCGAGUUCGCGGAAUUCAUCUUCAAGCGACAAGAGAUGUCGGGGGAUUCUAUCGACCAACUUGCGCAAUUUCUGGCAGCGUUAUACAAGGACGACGACCCCUUCUUCAACAACCACCGCGAUCUCUAUGCCAUGAUUGACGAGAUCCAGGAAGGCGACAUCCCGUGGCAAUCCUUUUCGGUCCAAUAUACUGGACCGCGUCCCGAUUCUGGCCAGGUGCCCCCAUGGAUGACGCAGACUUACGAGGUCUGGUUCCGCUCCCCGCUAGCGAUCUUCGAGCGUCAACUCGCAAAUCCCGACUUCAAAGAUGAGCUGGACUGGGCCCCGAAACGUGUUUUCAAGGAGGAUAAGCGGCAGUUCACUGACUUGAUGUCAGGUAACUGGGCAUGGAGACAAGCGGAUAUCAUUGCCAGGGACGAAAACACCCACGGAGCCAUGUUCGUUCCUAUUGUCACGGGCAGCGAGGCCGAUGUACGGGGGUCAACGCGACAAUAUGCAAGCAGCAAUGAGUUUCGCAAAUUUCGGCGACAGCUGUUCCACUCAUCCAUCCGCCGAGUGUUCGAGUCUGUCCGGCCUCAUAUGACGACCCCGCGUGUGACUCGCUGUGCGGAUCGACACUUUCGGCGAGCUAUCUAUGGCUUUGGCCCUGACAUCGCAGACUACCCCGAGCAGGCGUUGCUGACUGGUAUUGUCCAGGGUUAUUGUCCUAUCUGUCUCUCUCCAGCAGACGACCUUGAUCGUGACAGCCCCAUGCGGUCUUGCGAGCAUACUGCUGCGCUUCUUGAGACCCUGACACUCAAGGAAAUGUGGGAUAACUAUGGCGUAGUUGGAGAUAUCAUUCCUUUUACUGCUGACUUUCCUCGUGCCGAUAUUCACGAACUCAUUUCGGUUGAUCUUUUACAUCAAAUCAUCAAGGGGACAUUCAAGGACCAUAUUGUCGACUGGAUUGAAUUGUAUAUCAAGCAAGUCAAUGAGCCUGCAGAAGCUGAGCGUAUUCUAGCAGACAUUGAUCGACGUAUCGCUGUGGCUCCACCGUUUCCAGGGCUGCGACGUUUUCCUGUCGGACGAGGCUUCAAACAGUGGACGGGAAAUGAUUCAAAGGGUUUAAUGAAGGUCUAUCUUCCAGCAAUCAUUGGCCAUGUUCCAAGUGAAAUGGUUCAGGCGGUUGCAGCGCUAAUUGAAUUCUGCUACCUGGUUCGCCGCUCGGUAAUUGAUGAAGAUACCCUUCAGAUAAUUGACGAGACGAUCCGGCGCUAUCAUCACUACCGCGAGGCCUUCCGAGUUGUACGUCCGCAAGGAUUUUCGCUCCCUCGGCAGCAUGCACUGAAGCAUUAUAUUGCUCGCAUCAUGGACUUUGGUGUUCCAAAUGGACUUUGCAGCUCAAUCACGGAGUCGAAGCAUAUUCGGGCUGUAAAGCGUCCAUACCGACGCUCUAAUCGAAAUAAACCCCUUGGUCAGAUGCUUCUCUCCAACCAACGACUCGACAAACUUGCUGCUGCACGGGCUGAUUUCACUGCCCGUGGCAUGCUAUCUGGGUCGCUAUUUGCAUCACCGCUGGCGCCCGUAGAGGAGGAACCUCAACCAGUAGAGACCACUGUUGAUGAUGAUGUGGAAGAAGGGGAUGUUCCGGGCCCUACCUGCCUAGGGGAGGUAACCCUUGCAAAAAGCUGUGGUACUGUGUUCCUACCCUCCUCUAUAAUUUCUUAUAAGGCCUCUCUAGUUCGCAAGGUGCCCCGCGACGUACACCAGUUGGCACGUUAUGUACGCCAGCCACGUCUUCACGAACUUAUUCGAUGCUUUCUCUUUGAGCAGCUCAAUCCUGAGCGAGCCGCAACCGAGGACAUUAUCCCUCUUGAUGACUGUCCAGACUUCGCCGAACGUGUCUAUAUCUACACCUCCGCCCGGGCAGUGUUCUAUGCUCCUAGCGACAUCUGCGGGAUUGGUGGGAUGCGUCAUGAACGAAUUCGAGCCACAAAGUCAUGGUACCGUGGUCCACCUCGAUAUGACUGUGCUCUCAUCGAGCACGACACGGAAGCUCAGGGCUUCCGUGGCCUUCAUGCUGUCCGUGUUCGACUUUUGAUGAAGUUCACAUACCGCGGUAUUCAAUAUCCCUGCGCCUUAGUUCAUUGGUUCUCAGCUCAUGGCGACGCCCCUUGUCUGGAUACUGGGAUGUGGAUUGUGAAGCCAGACUGGGUUCGGGGUUCUGCCCGCACACAACCCCUGCUAGCAGUUGUCCAUCUUGAUGCGAUCUUACGGGGAGUACAUUUGAUUGGUGUGGCUGGCAAGGACUUUCUACCUCCUGAUGACAAAGACCUGAGCUUUUCAGACUCUUUAGAUGCAUUUGAAGCUUUUUAUGUAAACAAGUAUGCAGACUACCAUGCACAUGAAAUAUUAUUUUAA